GAAAUCAUAAGGAAAUAAAUGUUUAAAAAAUAAAAGUAUUUGUUUUUAAUAAAAUGGCGCUGCUGUCGCAAUUAUUUUCCACAAAUUUAUUUUCGCAUUUAACGGAAGUUCUCGCGGUAUCCGUUGUGUUCUUGUCGAUAGUUUGGCUCUGGCUACAACAUCACUACAGUUAUUGGAAACGUCAAAAUGUGCCUUACAUCAAGCCAUUACCAUUAUUUGGAAACUUUAAGAAUGUGAUUACUUGGGAUGUUGACAUCUGUGCACAUUUCCAGAACUUGUACAAUCAUAAAAAUGCUAUCGAUCAACCCGUUGUGGGGUUAUUCAUGUUUAAUAAACCUUGCCUGCUAGUGCGUGAUUUAGAAAUCGUAAAAUCAGUGCUUAUCAAGGAUUUUAAUAAAUUUUCAAAUAGAUUUGCCGCAUCGGAUCCCCACUCAGACUCUUUAGGGGCCAAUAAUUUAUUUUUUGCCAAAAAUCCUAAAUGGAAAGAGAUACGUGUAAAAUUAACACCAGUGUUCACAAGUGGCAAAAUGAAACAAAUGUUUCCACUCGUUGAAGAGGUCGGACGUGAACUUGAUAAAUAUCUUUCCUCUCUACCUAUCGAUCCAGAAACAAAUGCCAUUAUGAAAGAAGUAAAAGACUUGAAUACUCUCUUUACGACAGAUGUCAUAGCUACGGUUGCAUAUGGAAUACGCGCAAAUAGUAUGAUUAAUCCUGAUGGUGAUUUUCGUACAAAUGGUAAAAGAAUAUUUGAAUUUACCAGACGUCGUGCUUUUGAAUUUACUGCAAUGUUUUUCAUGCCUAGCAUAGUGAAACUUUUUGGUUUUAAGGUAUUUUCGAAGGACACUACAAACUUCUUACGUGAAACUAUUAAUUAUGUUAUAUCGGAACGUAUAAAAUCGGGUACCACUCGGAAUGAUCUUAUUGACAUACUUGUGAACUUCCGUAAGGAAGCAGAAGCUAGCAAAGAUAAGAAUCAUUUCAUUUUGGAAGGUGAUUGUUUAGUGGCACAAGCUGCUAUUUUCUUUUCUGCUGGUUUCGAAACUUCAUCAUCUGCAAUGUCCUUCAGUUUGUAUGAAUUGGCGCGCCAUCCAAAGCUACAAGAACGCUUACGAGAGGAAAUACGUGAAGCGUUUCAAAGUAACAAUGGCGUAAUAACCUAUGACAUAAUAAAAGAUAUGAAA